CUGAAGUCAGCCUGCGCUUCGUCACACUGGGAGGGCACGCGCAUCCGAACCUGAACUGGCUCUGGCUCUGGUUUCCAGCCUCCCGGGGCUCCACGCCAGACAGCCUGAGCAUGUGGGUCGCCCUUGCCGUGACAGCCUGGACGGUUUCCUUAGUACUCAGUUACGGAAACACAGCAGUUAGUUUGCCAGAUAUCGAAAAUGAAGAUUUCAUCAAAGACUGUGUUCGAUCUCAUAACAAGUUCCGAUCAGAGGUGAAUCCAAGAGCCAGUGAUAUGCUAUACAUGACUUGGGACCCAGUGCUAGCCCGAGUUGCAAAAACAUGGGCAAGAAACUGUCAGUUUGCACACAACACUCAGCUGCAUUCAAGCUUCAAGCUGCACCCAAAUUUCUCUUCUCUGGGCGAAAACAUCUGGGCCGGGUCUCUCCCCCAGUUUUCUGCGUCUUCAGCCAUCACAGCCUGGCACAAUGAAAUUGAAUACUAUGAGUUCAGGACUCAGAAAUGCACCUGGGUCUGCGGCCAUUACACUCAGGUUGUUUGGGCAGCGAGUUACAAGGUGGGAUGUGCAGUACAGUUUUGUCCCAGUAUUCAUGGCACUAAUAUUCAUGACGGAGCAUUUUUCAUAUGCAACUACGGACCAGGACAAUACAGAGGUCAGCCAUACACAGAAGGGUCCUCCUGCAGUGCCUGCCCCAAGGAUGACCAGUGCCUGGAUAAUCUCUGCAGUGAGUAAAAGGAAAACUCUAUC